AUGGGGCAGAAUGGAAGUUCAACAGAAAAAGAUAAAGUCAACAAUGAUUCUAAGCCUGUUGCUAAGACUAAUGAACACAAUAUUUUAAAUGUGUCAAAAGAAUAUUAUGAGCAUAAAUUAUUAAAACGAUGUGAACAUAUUCAUUUUGAUGUUGAAGCCUGGUAUAAUAUUUUGCAAUGUCAAACAUUUUAUACGGAAUUCGUUCCAAUUUCUCCAUCAAUUGCUCAAGCUUUUGUUAAUUAUUAUCAAACACGUUAUAAUUCGAAAAAACUAUUGAAUUCCAAUGAUCUGCAACUAAUUCUAUCAGUACAACAUCAAUUAAAUCAGCAAAUAUUCAAUUCAAAAACUAAUCAAUUUAAAAUUAAUGGUACUUUUAUUCGUUUAAGUUCACGAAGUCCGAAAGAUGGAAGUCCUUUAAAUUCACAAAAAUUAAUUCAAUUAUAUCAUCAAGAAUUAGAAAGGUUACAAGUGAAAUAUCCAAAUGAAUAUGAUUCCAUUGAGGGCAAAGCAAAUAUGCAAAUGAUUGCUUACUGUUAUGCUCAAUUUCAUUGUUUAAAAGUUACGAAUGAACUUGAGGCGUUAAAUCUCAUUUUAUCGAGUGAAAGAAUUUUUAUUGAUUUAUUAGAAGCCCUUGACUGUCAACAGGUGCUUGAUAAUCAUAUUACUAAUAUGAAUAAUAUCAAACUUCACGAUUGGAAUACAAAUAUAAUAAUUCGUGAGUGGAAUAAUUUCGUGGAUCCAUCUAUGGAAUUUCGUUGUUUUGUUUAUCAAUCGGAUUUAACUGCAAUAUCACAAUACAAUCAUUAUUGUAAAUUCUAUCAACUACAAAACAAUUUAACUAUACAACAAAUAAAAACUACAAUUAUUGAAUAUUGGCAACAAAAAAUCAAACCACUUCUAGAUCCAUUUAAAGAGAAAUAUUUCAGUUAUAUUAUUGAUAUAGGACUAAUUGAAAAUAAAUUAUCGAAUGAAUUAGAAUGUAUUGUUAUUGAAUUAAAUCCGUUUGCAUCAAGUACUGGUGCAAGUUUAUUCAAUUGGAAAACAGAUAUUAAUCAACUAACGGGACAACAAAAUGAUAUCGAGAUACGUGUUCGGUCAGAUUAUAUGACAAAUAUUGAUGAAUAUAUGAAAUUUAUUUUCCAAGAAAAUAAAUUAAAUACAGAAGAUAAUUUAUUAGCGGGCGAUAACGAUGAUGAACCCUAUUUUGAAUUUCUUAAUAAAAUACAAACACAACUUUCUUUAUAA